GGGCGGGGGAGAGGGUGGAGUGGCUGGGAGAUGGGAGGGUGGAGUGGGAAGGACGCAAAAACAGCAUCUAGGCGGCAGGCGGGGCUCCACUGCGCAUCUGGCCAGGAGUGGUCUCUGGGUCAGCGGCUGGGCAGCCACCCCAGAGACGCGUUUCUAGUGGGAAUUCAGGGGGGCCCAUUCACCGCCGAACCGUGGCGGCCUGUAGCAUCAGCUGGUGAGGGCAGACGCCAGCCUAGCAACACCGCCUAAGCAACCAGAACUCCUCAGAAAGCCGGAGGGAUCUGGGAAGAAAAAGAAGCCCAGGAGGAGAAAAGGGCUCCAGGGAGUUCUGCUUCUCAGGGUUCCCUCAGGUACUGUUGGAGACCCGUCACGUGGUAGCAAGUACAAAAUUGGAAAUGGCUUCCCCAGAACAAAAGGGCCUUGUCCCCUUCACCAGAGAAUCUCUUGAACUUAUGAAACAGCAUAUUGCUAAAAAGCACAGUGAGGAACAAAGAGAUUUAAAGCCAAACACUGACUUGGAAGUUGGAAAAGAGCUUCCAUUUGUUUAUGGGAAUCUCUCUCGAGGAAUGGUGUUGGAGCCCUUGGAAGAUGUGGAUCCAUACUAUAAGAAUAAAAAUACUUUCAUGGUAUUAAAUAAAAGUAGAACAAUCUUCAGAUUCAGUGCCACGUGGUGUACACUUUCUCCUUUCAAUUCAGCUAGAAGAACAACGAUUAAGAUUUUGGUGCAUCCCUUUUUCCGACUAUUCAUUUUAAUUAGCGUCCUGAUUGACUGCAUAUUUAUGUCCAUGACUGAGAUGCCAAAAUGGGGCCCAGCAAUACAGAAUAUUUUGCUUGGAAUUUACACAUUUGAAAUACUUGUAAAACUCAUUGCAAGAGGCAUCUGGGUAGAACCUUUUUAUUUCUUUGGUGAUCCAUGGAACUGGCUCGAUUUCAGUGUAACUUUGUUUGAGCACAUAACAAGAUACUUACUUCUUGGCUCAAAUACUAUAAUAUUUAGUAUUUCAAGAAAUUUGAGAAUUUUGAAAAUUAUUUCCCUAAACCAAGGUCUGAAGUCUUUCACAGGGAUCCUCAUCCACUGCUUGAAGAAACUUACUGGGGUCAUUUCCCUAACUCUGUUUUUUCUGACUGUAUUUUCUUUAAUUGGGAUGGGGCUCUUCAUGGGCAACCUGAAGCAUAAGUGUUUGCGAUGGCCCCAAGAAAACGAAACUGCAACCCUGCACAACAGAACUGAAAAUCCAUAUUAUAUGCGAGAAACAGAAAACUUUUAUUAUUUGGAAGGAGAAAGAUAUGCUCUCCUUUGUGGCAACAGAACAGAUGCUGGUCAGUGUCCUGAAGGAUAUGUGUGUGUGAAAGCUGGCACAAAUCCUGAUUAUGGCUUCACAAAUUUUGACACUUUUGGCUGGGCCUUACUUGCCCUGUUUCGGUUAAUGACGCAGGAUUACCCUGAAGCACUUUAUCAUCAGAUCCUUUAUGCUUCUGGGAAGGUCUACAUGAUAUUUUUUGUUGUGAUAAGCUUUUGGUUUGCUUUUUACAUAGCAAGUUUGUUCUUGGGCAUACUUGCUAUGUCCUAUGAAGAAGAAAAGCAGAAAGCUGCUGAAAAAGCUAAGAAGAUUGAGCCAAAAUUUCAGCAGACUUCGAAAGAACUUCAAGAAGGAGACAAAGCAGUUGAGACCAAGACCACACAAAUAGAAAUGAAGAAAAGAUCACCAACUUCUAUGAUCACUUCUUUGAAUAUGUUGGAUGAUGCUACUGCUGCUAUCAGACAUGAGGAAGAAUCUGAAAAAUCCAGGAAGAGAUGCCCAUUGUGUUGGCAUAGAUUUGCUAAAACUUUCUUGAUCUGGAAUUGUUCUCCCUGUUGGUUAAAAUUGAAAGAGUUUAUCCAUAUGAUUAUAAUGGACCCAUUUACUGAUCUUGUCCUUACCAUAUGCAUAAUUCUAAACAUAUGUUUUUUGGCCUUGGAAUGUUAUCCGAUGAAUGAAGAAACCAACAAUGUUCUUAGCAUUGGAAACCUGAUUUUUAUUGGAAUUUUCACAGCAGAAAUGAUUUUGAAAAUCAUUGCAAUGCAUCCAUAUGGGUAUUUUCAAGUAGGUUGGAACAUUUUUGAUAGCCUGAUUGUGUUCCAUGGUUUAGCAGAACUUUAUCUAGCUAAUAUUCAUGGAAUGGCUCUUUUUCGAACAUUCAGGGUGUUGAGAAUUUUCAAGCUGGCAAAAUACUGGCCAACGUUUAAGAUUCUGAUGCAGAUUCUUAAUAUCUCCUUGGUGGCCUUGAAAGACUUGGUCCUGCUGUUGUUCACAUUCACAUUCUUUUCUGCUGUGGUUGGCCUGAAGCUGUUUGGUAUGAGUUAUGAAGCAUGCGUCUGCAACAUAGACAAAGACUGUCGUCUCCCACGUUGGCACAUGCAUGACUUCUUUCACUCCUACCUGAAUGUGUUCCGGAUUCUUUGUGGAGAGUGGAUAGAGACUUUAUGGGAUUGCUUUAAGAUAGCUGGCCAAUUCGGUUGUAUUUCUUUUUACAUGAUGGUCAUUUUAAUUGGAAACUUAUUGAUAAUUUACCUGUUUCUGGCAUUGGUGAGCUCAUUUAGUUCCUACAACCCUGCAACUACUGAAGAGAACAACGAAGCAAAAAAUCUCCAGCGUGCAGUGGCAAAGAUUCAAAAAAGAAUAAACUAUGUGAUUUCUAAAAUAUUAUGCAAAAAACAAAAUGUUUCAAAGGAGAAAAUGGACCAUGCAAAUGCUGUAUAUGUUAAAGAGAAUAUUUCUGACCAUACCCUUUCUGAAUUAAGCAACACUCAAGAGUUCCUCAAGGAUAAGGAAAAAAGCAGUAGCACAGAGAAAAACACAAUGACUGAAAACGAGAGUCAAUCACUUAUCCCCAGUCCUAGUGCCUCAGAAACUGUACCAAUUGCUUCAGGAGAAUCUGAUAUAGAAAAUCUGGAUAAUAAGGAGGUUCAAAGCAAGUCAGGUGAUGGGAACAGCAAAGAGAAGGUAAAGCAAUCUAGCUCAUCGGAAUGCAGUACAGUUGACAUUGCCAUCUCUGAAGAAGAAGAAAUGGUUUAUGAACGCGAGAAGCCAAAGCAUCUGAAAAACGGUUAUAGAAGAAGAUCUUCACCUGGCCAACUUAGUAGAGCAUCCAAGAAAGGAAAAAUUUGGCAGAACAUAAGGAAAACCUGCUGCAAGAUAGUGGAAAACAGUUGUUUUAAGUGUUUCAUUGGCCUUGUCACACUGCUCAGCACAGGUGCUCUGGCUUUUGAGGAUAUCUAUAUUGACCAGAGAAAAACUAUUAAAAUCUUAUUAGAAUAUGCUGACAUGAUCUUCACUUACAUCUUCAUUCUGGAAAUGCUUCUAAAGUGGAUGGCAUAUGGUUUUAAAGCCUAUUUCACUAAUGGCUGGUACAAGCUAGACUUCAUGGUUGUUCUGGUAUUUUGUCUGAGCUUAAUAGGCAAAUCUCGGGAGGAAUUCAAACCACUUACUUCCAUUAAAUUCCUUCGGGCACUCAGAGUUCUAUCUCAGUUUGAAAGAAUGAAGGUGGUUGUGAGAGCUUUGAUAACAACAACUUUACCUGCUUUGAAUGUGUUUCUGGUCUGCCUUUUGAUCUGGCUGGCUUUUAGCAUCAUGGGAGUACACUUAUUUGCUGGCAAGUUCUAUGAAUGCAUUGACCCAACAAGUGGAGAAAGGUUUCCUAUAUCUGAAGUCAUGAAUAAGAGUCAGUGUGAAAGCCUUGUGUUUAAUGAAUCCAUGCCAUGGGAGAAUGCAAAACUGAACUUUGAUAAUGUUGGAAAUGGUUUCCUUUCACUGCUUCAAGUGGCAACGUUUAAUGGAUGGAUCGCUAUUAUGAAUUCAGCAGUUGAUUCUAUUGGUGUAAAUAGGCAACCUAAUUUUGAAGAGAACAUCUACAUGUAUUGUUACUUUAUCAACUUCAUUAUUAUUGGAUUAUUUCUUCCUUUGAGUAUGCUGAUUGGUGUUAUUAUUGCUAAUUUCAACACGCAUAAAAUAAAGCAGGGAGGCUCAAAUAUCUUUAUAACAGUCAAACAGAAGAAACAAUCCCGUACACUGAGAAGGCUGUUGUGUGAGGAGUCUCAAAAAACAAUCCGGCGCCCAGGAAAUAAAUUCCAAGGAUUCGUCUUUGACUUGGUAACAAGUGAAGUUUUUAAUGCCAUCAUUAUGGCUCUUAUCUGUUUUCAAGCAAUAACUAUUAUGAUACAAAGUGAUGAACAGAGUCAAAAUAUGGACAUUGCUCUCUGCUGGAUUAACUUAGUUCUUAUUAUACUGUACACUGGAGAAUGUGUACUGAAGCUCAUCGCUUUCCACUGUAACUAUUUCACCAUCGGAUGGAACAUUUUUGAUUUUAUGGUGGUCAUUUUCUCUGUUAUAGAACUAGUUCUGCCUAUAACGGUAGGAUACUACCUUGUGUCUCCUUCCAUUAUGGAACUGAUACGACUCUCACGGAUUAUCCACAUCCUGCGUCCUGGGAAAGGACCAAAGGUAUUCCAUGAUCUGCUGCUCCCUUUGAUGCUGUCUCUACCAGCAUUGUUGAACAUCAGUCUUCUCAUCUUCCUGGUCAUGUUUGUCUAUGCCAUCAUUGGAAUGUACAAUUUUGCUUAUGUUAAAAAAGAAGCUGGAAUUAAUGAUGUGUCCAACUUUGAGACUUUUGGCAGCAGUAUGCUCUGUCUUUUCCAAGUUACAAUAUUUGCUGGCUGGGAUGGGAUGCUCAAUGCAAUUUUCAACAGUAAAUGGUCUGACUGUGAUCCUGAUAAAAUUAACCCUGGGACUCAGGUUAGGGGAGAUUGUGGCAACCCCUUUGUUGGGAUUAUUUAUUUUGUCAGUUACAUCCUCAUUUCAUGGCUGAUCAUAGUAAACAUGUACAUUGUUGUUGUCAUGGAAUUUUUAAAUAUUGCUUCUAAAAAAAAAGCCAAGACAUUAAGUGAAGACGAUUUUAGGAAAUUCUUUCAGGUAUGGAAGCGGUUUGAUCCUGAUAGGACCCAAUAUAUAGACUCUAGCAGGCUUUCAGACUUUGCAGCUGCCCUUGACCCUCCUCUUUUUAUGGCAAAACCAAACAAGGGACAGCUCGUUGCCAUGGAUCUUCCCAUGGCUGCUGGGGACAGAAUUCAUUGCCUUGACAUCUUACUUGCUUUAACAAAGCGAGUUAUGGGUAAAGAUGUGAGGAUGGAUCAAAUGAUUUCAGAGAUGGAAUCAGGGUUUGUGUUAGUCAACCCUUUUAAGAUCACAUAUGAGCCAAUUACUACUACUUUGAAACGAAAACAAGAGGCAGUCUCAGCAACCAUAAUUCAACGUGCUUAUAAAAGUUACCGCUUGAGGCAAAAUGACAAAAAUACAUCAGAUAUUCAUAUGAUAGAUGAUGACAAGGAAGUUCAAGCUACCACAGAAAGAGCCUAUUUUGACAAAGCUGAGGAAAAGUCAACUAUUCAAAGCCAAAUCUAAUCCCACUUACCACAUUUUAAUCUUCUUCAUGUUCUAAAAAAUGGGCUUCCUUGUAUAUUUUAUGUCUAUGUUAUGGGAUUUACAUCACCAUUAGUAGGACUUAGUCACAAAUAAGCAAGUACAAUAAGUACUUUCUUAAGGUGGGAUAGUGUUAAAAAAUAACAGUGUUACAGGCCAUUAAAUCAUAAACUUGCCUACACAGAUGCCAACUGGGGAAGAGAAAAAGGCUGUUCUUAGAAACUUCCUUUGAGAUCAACCACAGAUAUUCUUGGGCUGAUCCAAACCAUGUUUGGUUGACCAGAGCCUUGGUUUUGUUUUUAUUUUCUUUUAUUUUUGGUACUGGGAAUUCAUAUUCUUUGAUUGUUUCUGGAUUCCUGGUUUUUCAUCUCUUUGGCUAGUUCUACCUAAGCUCUAGCUCUUCAACAGAAUUAAUUCGGAGAGUAAGAAGCAUAAAGGUAACUAUAAUUAUUGCCUACAUUUUCCUCAUUUUUUUCACAUUUAUACUUUUUCUAAGUAUACAUCUACUAAAAUGAUAUAUAUAGAAACUGUUAAUAGACUCCUGUAUUAUCUUAUCAUAUUUACCAUUUAUCAGUGAUGUAACAUUGAGUAGUAUGACCUGGCAAAUGAAAGUCAUAAUAUGAUUUAGAAGAGUCAAGGGUUGCCAUUAUGUCUAGGGAUUUUCACAGAGUCUUGAUGCUUACUUGGGAAACUGUGUCCACUUUGAAAUACUUUCCACUGUACUUUGUGGUUCUCUAUAACUUAGAGAAAAAAAAAAUGACCACUGAAACUGUGAGGAACCUGAAUAGGAGAUCAAAGUGUAAGUUUGUUGUUGGUGGUGUUAUGUAAUAUUAGUAUAUACAAAUUAGUUUUCACUUCCUCAUAUAUCUUUCUAAGUUUGUUUUUGCUGUUUUUAAUCCAUCACACACACCUCCUGUAAAAGGUUUUGCAUUUGAAAAACUUGAAAAUCCUAAAUAUUAAUUUUCACUAUUGAAAUUGUAUUUAAAAGAUAGACACAAAUAGUUGGUUUUCGACAUAAUCACAAAAAUGUAGCUACUUGCAUCCAUGUAGUAUGAGAUUCUGAUAUUUGUUCCCUUUGUAUGAAGAUUGAUUUCAAUGUGCCUACAAAAUCCUAAAGGAUUUGGAAAGAAAAUAUAUAUACUGUUGACUUAAAUGGCAAACUUCAAAUAUGUUGUAUGACAUCCAAUGUCACUUAAAUGUCAGUAAUUGUAUUUUAUUAUGAAUGCAUGAUCUUGAGCCUUAACUAUUAUAGCCUAUUUCUGCCCCUCAGAAAUGUAUUAACUUGACCAAGAUGCCUUUGGGGGAACCCUUAAGUAAAUGUAAUUUCAGGGUUCUGUUUCUCUCUAUAAGUGUUCCUUCCCUUUCUCCUCCCGUUCUUCAUCAUGUGAUGGGGACCAGUGAGGAACUAGUGUUAACUUGGUGACAUGGUGACAGCUGGUGCUUGAUCUAAAUUUUUUAGUUUUCUAUUUCUUAGAAAUGCUUUAAUGUAGAAACUGCUUCAGAUAUUUAAACUUAACCUUAACUUGCUUCUGUAAAUUCAAGACCAUUAACUGAUUUUAGUUUGAAAAUUGUAUCUUUUACUUGUAAACCAUGUUUGCCACUAACCUUCCAAAAACUGUGUAAUGAAUUAUUUUUAACAAAAUCUUACAAUAUAUUCUACAUUUUAGAAACUAUAGAAAAUAAUAAAUACAACCUGUUAAGUA